AGGGAAAAGUUCGCGCAGCCGACUGGGGUGCCGAUUUUCCGCCAAAGUGGAGCGAUUUUUUUCGAGCGAUAGUGGAAAGGAAACGUGAGUGCACCACUGAGGCGGAUCACCGUCAAGAGGCUCGUCGACGGCUUUUCGCUGCUUGCUCCUCUGCCUCCUCGAUUCUUUCGAAGUCGCGUUUUGAAUUGAUUUACCGCCACGUUCGUUCGCGCGAGUCGAUUCGGCACGAAGAGCCGAUUCUCCAUCGGAACAGGGUGAUUUCCCGCGAUUUUUACCGGCGAAUUGCGUCGAAGCUCUUCGACGAUCUCGUCAGUCACUCGUUUCGCCGGCCUGAUUCUUCCAAAGUUGCGUCUAUACGAAAUCUGUAUCGGCUUACACAAGAAAAUUUGGCAUAGAGCAUUGAUUUCUCCACCUCGGUGGAGAGAUUUUACAAAAGGCAACAGGAAAGAAAACAUCCCCGACGAGAACCGCUCUUCGAGCGGCGUUCGCGUUCUAUCCGUUAAUCAUCCGUUCUUUGCUUCGAGUUUUUCAAAAUCGCGCGUUAAAAAUGGCAUUACAUCACGUGCGUGUAAGGUAUUCAGGAAGUGAUAGUAAUACUGUAACGCCAACGCGAUACCAUAAUUGCGGACUAUAAUUGCAACCUGAACGAGCGAUUACUGCAAUCUUCGGACUUAAAUACACGAGCUUAAAAACAUGCUCGCUAUCGCGCGUCACACAUGAGUGACGUACCGAUCGCUCACAAGAGACCGACGUCGCGUAUGUGUAACAACGGCGAUAUUUUUUCACACUCACACAAUAAUUGUCCGCGUAAACAAAUCAGGUCUAUUUUGCACUAUCGUAAAGAAAACACAAAGUGGUCUGUGGCAGACGGUUUACUAAAAUAACGACGGUAGCGAACGGCUAGCUCUUUCCGCGGUAUUUAACUUCCCGUAAAGUGAAAUAUAAAGUAGACUUUUCAUCAGCAUUUUCGUUCAUCUAAACUCACGUUCCGAUUAAUAUUCGCGUAAUCCGAUACGCAAUAUUACCAUGACAAUGUCACUUUCUCGGUAUCUUCGGGUAUUAUUAUCAGACACGUACGCCGCAGAUAUUACGUAUACUUUUGUUCGAUGGAAUUAUUUUACCGCGAGGAAUCCUCGCGAAAUUCCAGAUAGACGCUCCUUUGGCGAAGCGGGAAAUUAAUAUAAGAAGAUAACGAGGAGAGAGAGAAAGAGCGCGCGCACGCGCGAGUGAGAGAGAGAGAGAGAGAGAGAGAAAGAAACGUGUCGACGCGCCGAUAGAAACGUUUGAAAAAAAAGUUACAAUCGCGUGCGACCUGAUACAUGCGUAUCCAUAUUUAAUCCUCUUGGCGAAAAUUGCAUUCCAGCCAAUAGUCUAUCAUGAACAUCGAUGAGUUCCGGGUGCGCGGCAAGGAGAUGAUCGAGUACAUCUGCGAGUACAUCCGCACGCUGGAAAGCAAGAGGGUGACGGCGAACGUGGAUCCCGGCUACCUGAGACCCUUGCUGCCGAAGGAGGCACCCCUGAAGCCGGAAUCAUGGGACGCUAUCAUGAGGGACGUCGAUGGCAAAAUAAUGCCCGGAAUCACUCACUGGCAGCAUCCGCGAUUCCACGCCUACUUCCCGUCGGGCAACUCGUUUCCUUCGAUCUUGGGCGACCUGCUGUCGGACGCGAUCGGCUGCAUCGGCUUCUCGUGGGCGGGCAGCCCAGCCUGCACCGAGCUGGAGACCAUCGUCUUAGACUGGUACGCUAAAGCGAUCGACCUGCCGGCCGAUUUCCUCUCGGAGCAGAAGACCUCCACCGGCGGCGGGGUGAUCCAGGGCUCGGCGUCCGAGUGUAUCCUGGUGACGAUGUUGGCGGCGCGGCAUCAAGCGAUUAAGAUGCUGAAGGAGCAGGAGCCGAACACGGAGGACUCCGCCUUCCUGCCGCGGCUGGUGGCCUACUGCUCCACGGAGUCGCACUCGUGCGUGGAGAAGGCGGCGAUGAUCAGCCUGGUGAAGCUGCGAGUGCUCGAGCCGGACGAGAAAGCGGCGUUGCGCGGCAAACGUCUCGAGUCGGCCAUCAGGGAGGACGUGGCGAAUGGCCUGGUGCCGUUCUACGUGUCCGCCACUUUGGGCACCACCGCCUCGUGCGCCUUCGACAAUCUCGUGGAGAUCGGCCCGGUGUGCAAACUCUACCCGAACAUAUGGCUGCACGUGGACGGCGCUUACGCCGGCAACGUGUUCAUCUGCCCGGAGAUGCGGCCGUUCAUGGCCGGCAUCGAGCACGCUGACUCCUUCAACACGAAUCCCAACAAGUGGUUGUUGGUGAACUUCGACUGCUCUUGCCUGUGGGUGCGCAGUCGGGUGAAACUGACGUCGGCCUUGGUGGUGGAUCCACUGUACCUUCAGCACGCGCGCUCAGGCGAAUCGGUGGACUAUCGUCAUUGGGGCAUCCCACUCAGCAGACGCUUCCGAGCGCUGAAGCUCUGGUUCGUGCUGCGCUCGUACGGCAUCAGCGGUCUCCAGAAGUACAUCCGGAAUCAUAUAAGACUGGCGAAGCGAUUCGAGGCGCAGAUGAAGAAGGACCGGCGGUUCGAGAUCGUCAACGACGUGCGGGUCGGCUUGGUGUGCUUCCGGCUGAAGGAGAGCGAGGAGAUGAACCAGGAACUGUUGGCGAACGUCAACGCCAGCGGCAGGCUGCACAUGAUACCGGCCCGCGUCAUGGGCAAGUACAUCAUCCGCUUCUGCGUGACGAAGGAAGACGCGAACGAGGAGGACAUCGACUACGCGAUCAGCGUGAUCGAGGAGCACGCCACAGAGGUGAUGUUGGCGCACUACGAGGGUACGGAUGAGGAGUACAGGUCCAAAGGACCCAAGAGCCCCGCCGCCUUGGACAAGAAGCUCGUCCGGAAGUUCAGCUUCACCAGGAGCGUCACGAGAGACGCCUACAAGAGGUCCAUUUCCAAGUCCAGCCUGCACGACGGCGCGACGCCCAUCAUGGUCGUCGACGACAACUCGCAGGUGGAUGCUAUCGAAGACGAUCAUUUCCGCAACAGCAGGUCGUGACGAUGUCGAUGACGGUCUCCAGCGCCGACUCGGGACGAGGUAGAUGAUAAUAAAAAGGGCCCUCGGUAUACGGCCGUGUGAUUUGAAAACAUUAACGGCCCGCCGUAGCCGAUUUACCGGUUCCCGAAGUCGCGUUUGUCGAUAAAUGACUAUUCACCGGCGACUAUUCGCGUCGCCACGUAAAUAUUUGGCCGAGUCGUUCGGAUUGCUAUUCGAGCCGAUCGCUCGAGGACGUAUGCUCUCCCUCGAACACGAGUGAUUCUUCGUCGCGACAGACAGUGUCGAUGAUGCAUUUCGAUAUUGAGCUAAGUUUUCUGAUAAAGCGUAUCAGAGAUCGUAAGAUUCUCGAGUUCAUUUCUUAGACGAUCCAGAACUCGCGACAAAAUUCGAGAGGCACAAUUUUACGUAUAAAAUUUCACACGUCGCGAUAUAGUAAAUCUCUCUUUAAAUAAAUAGAUUGAAUAUAGAAAAUACUUGCCGAAUCAAUAUUAUUUAAUUAUUUUAUUAAUAGAGGGAACACUUUUCGAAAUAAAAUUAUAUUUAAAAUACUCAAACUAACAUAUAGAAAUAAUUAAAAUAAAUAUAUUAGAACUAUAUUCAGAAAAUUUCAAUUAUGUCAUGAUUUCAGAGUCAGAAUUAUCACAUGUUAAAGAAAUAUAAAUACAAAAUUAUAAUUUAAACUGUGACAAUUAAUAUAAUGUAAGAUUUUUUCUCCAUCCACAUGAUGCGUCUACAAUUCAGCAUGAAUAAAAUGAUAUCAAUACAAUUCUAUCUCGAAUCUUGUUCUGAGUUACGGAUCGUUUAAAAUGAACUUUAGAGACGACUGCGCACAUAGUUAACGUAGUCGUGAUUUAUUUUGGUAUAUAUAUCUGUGUAUAGAGGGACGAUAGAGGAGAAUUGAUGUACAUAUGUAACACAUGAUAACGACUGCCGAUGCACGCAUGGAUUCUAAUAGUUUUGUAUAAAACUUUAGUGAGUAAUUUGUUAAGGUAUAUCGAUUUCGAUAAAUGUAACGGUAAUCUCGCAUAGAUUACAAGCGAACGACUAUACCGAUCCCAGCAUGUGCCAAAAUUGCAUUUUCUCUAGUCCAGAUGAGAAUAAUGAAGUCGAAACUAUGAAAGGCAACACGUUAAUAGUGUUGAUGAAUCGGUUAUUUUACACUUAAGAGAUACUUAAUUUUUGUAUAUGUGAUACAGAAUUUUAAUUCCAAUCUCAGGUAGAGGAGAAUUAAUCGUCUAAUAAAAUGUAGCGUUUAAUAUCGAGUCGUUACCGAUUAAAAAUUAGCAAACUAUAAUAAACAAUGUGAUAUCUAAUAACCUAUCAUGAAAUGAUCAUCCCUAAAAUUGUGAGAGAAUAUUCUAUGAUUGAAGACAAAUAUACGAUAGUCCUGGAGAGGAAAAAGAUACUAUAUAUAGUGAAAUAAAAUCAUAUUAGACUUUUCUGGAUAUCACACGUGGAUAUGAUCAUCGCAUUAAUUUGUACUUAACUGACCGGACAAUUGCGUGCUCAUGUACCAAUUAUCGUUCAACAAUUGGCAAUUGACAUGUGACAUCAUAUGAAUUGAUGGAGAAGUAGAAAUCUCAACGUAAAGUAGAUGUAGACACGAUCCUUACGAGUAGAGAUAAGUUCUUCCUGUAAAGAUUACAACACACAGAUAUUCCUUUCGCAUGUACGGGGGAAACGAAUACAUUUGCAAAUUCAGAAAUUUGUAGUUUCAUAAAUCUACAGUUCCCGCGACGAUUCUAAUACGAAGCAUAUAGGUAUACGUGUACGUUUGUCAUGCAUAAUUUAUUCGGAUUCGUAAAAGUCAAUUCCGAUUCAUAGAGGUAAUAAUAUAUCGGAGCAGUCCCACUCACGAGCACAUGAUAUAUACAUCGCGUAGAAUUAUUAUAAAAUAUUUGUUUCAUAUGUACAGAUGUUAUAAUAAAAUUCAAGUUCGUAAGAUAACCAG